UUACAUACAUACAUGCUAAUUUAUUAUCAAAAACGAAAAAGGCAUUUAAGAAUCUUUCCAACCUGUUAUUUUAUCAUGCCUUAAACUUUUACUAUUAAAGUAAAUGUUUACCGAAUAACAAAUAAUCUAAAUCAAAUAAAAUCUGAAAAAAGUUUUUGGCAUAAGUGCAUACAUAAACUACUAAACAUGUCCUUAUUUCCUCAACCUCCAAAUGUAAAAGCAGAGAAUGAUAAAAGAAGAGCAUUUUUUGAAAAUAAGGAAUUGGAUGAUUUAGCCCGAUUAUAUAUUGGGAACUUUCAAAGAUACCGUGAAAAUAUAGUAAUUCCUAGAAGUGUUGGACCAGUUAGCAUAAAAACAAAUGAAGAAAAAAUUAUAGAAAGCGUUCUUGAUAGCUGUUCAUUUAAAUCUGUGUUAGCUUGUGUUUUGGGUUACGGCCUGGGUGCCGCAAUUGGGUUAUUUAGUUCCUCCGUUAAUCCAAAUAUAGCGGAUCCUUUAGCAGCAGAGAAGCAACAAACGGCUAGAGAAAUAUUUCGUGAAAUGAGAGCAACAACACAUAGCUAUGCAAAAAAUUUUGCUUUGAUUGGAGCUGUAUUUUCAAUGGUUGAAUGCCAAAUAGAAUCAAGUCGAGGAGUUUCUGAUUGGAGAAAUGGGACAUAUGCUGGUGCAAUCACAGGCGGUUUGAUCGGUUUAAGAGCUGGGGUGAAGGCAGGAAUAGUAGGUGCAGCUGGCUUUGCAUGUUUCUCGACAGCGAUAGAUUAUUAUAUGCGUCAUAGAUAAUAUGUGGAAUAAAUUAUCUGUUUAUUUUAAUUACAUACUAGUUAGUUGGACUAAUAAAUAUCACUUAGUAAUUCAUA